GUUCCCGCGAUUUCCGUCUUCCGGAAUUAGUCCAUCUGUCUUCCUAGUUCCAUAUAUCAUACAUACUGCUAGCGUUUAAAGUUGCUUUCUGUUCAACAGCAUGGGUGUCGCGUGUCCCGGUGCAAGCCCUUGUCGGCCCAUUUUCCGAAUUAUGCUCAGUGCCUUUCUCAUUGCCGUACAUGUGGCCUAUGCGCAGGAAUGCAACUAUGCCGGCGGCUGGUCGCUUCGAUUUCCCAGUUCUUCCUGUCCCCAGGAUGCCCCCUUUGAAUGUGGAAAAGCCGGAGGACUCCAGGUUCGAUGCUGUCCCUCAGGGCUGUCGUGUGCGGGCAACGGCAGUUACGAUGGGAACUACUGCUGUCCAGAUUCCACAGACUGCUCCUCCUCGGCGUAUAAUCACCCCAAGGUACCUCGCGCCGUUCCCCAGUGCGAUACACCGAGACGAGUAUCGUGCUAACAACCCAGUGUCCUGAUCCGACUUGGAGUAUGUGGGUAGCCAACGAUACUGUCAACGACAAGCCGGAUACUGGCGCGUGGUGUUGCAAGCCAGACUACAAAGGCGUAUAUCGAGAUAACGGCACCGCCAACUACUUCUGUACGGCAACAAGCAUCUCCACUCUUCAGCUUAGCUACUACUGGGCACAUAUGCUUACUACCACAACAUCGUGCUC